AUGGAGCGAAGGGACGAGUCUCUGUCGCCGCCACCUUUCAAAAAGCGAAAACAAGAAUCAACCACAACCAAUCACGCCGUCAAUAAAUUUUUCACACCUACGUCGAAAAAAGCUCCAGAAUCGUUGACAUGGCGCACUGUCCAUGAGAGUCUCUUGUUGGGCAGAUAUGCGCCUCCUCAAAACGAAAACGAGCCACCUAAGCAGCCUGAAAAAAGGCGUAAAAUUGCCCUGUUUGAUCUCGAUUCAACCCUUGUAUUGACGUCUUCUGGCAAUAUCUACUCCAAGGACGCUAGCGAUUGGAAAUGGUGGCAUAUCAGUGUGCCGAGUUCAAUCAAGCGACUCUACGAGGAUGGAUACCAAGUUGUCAUAAUUAGCAAUCAAGGUCGUCUGUCACUCAAGUCCGACCUAAAGACCGCUAAAGCUGAUCAACGGACUCUUUCGACAUUCAAAGCCAAGAUCAGUGCGAUACUGGGCCACUUUGAUUUUCCCAUCACCUUUUUUGCCGCCACUUCUCGCGAUGUCUACCGCAAACCUCGGGUAGGCAUGUGGAAUGAAGUUCUCGAGGAACUUGACCUAGACGAGAGGAAUGAUGGAGUAAUCGUUGACGAGUGUUUCUUUGUAGGUGAUGCUGGAGGCCGAGCUGCGACAGUGAGCCAGAAGGCAGAUCAUGCCAGCUCAGAUCGCGAUUUCGCUACGAACUUGGGGGUGAAGUUUUCAACACCGGAAGAAUACUUUCUAAAUGAAGAGCCGAGACCGUACGUCAGACAUUUUGAGCCGUCUGACUACCUGACGGAGGCUUCUACGUCUACAGAUAGCACGCCGAUAGCCUUCGAGAAGAAGAAUCCACUAGAUAUCGUGAUCCUGUGCGGCAGCCCAGGGGGUGGUAAAUCGACAUUCUAUUUCACAAAAUUAAGACCACUAGGCUAUGAAAGGGCCAACCAGGAUACGCUCAAAACGCGAGAAAAAUGCGUUGUAGCCGCGAGGAAAAUGUUGGAUGAAAGGCUGUCCGUGGCAGUAGACAACACCAAUGCAGACACAGAGGUACGGGCGGUAUGGGUAAAGCUCGCGAGAGAAUAUGGCGUCCCUGUUCGAUGUGUGUACUUUACGGCGCCUGUAAGGCUCUGUGAGCAUAAUGAUACUGUGAGAGCACUAGCAGGGGAGCACUUCAAUCCGGAGAAGAGGGUCAUUCUACCGCAUUCAGCAUUUGCGGGGUUCCGGGCACGAUUCAAACCUCCGAAUGUCAAAGAGGGGUUCGAGGAUAUCGUCCGAGCUGACUUCCAGUUCAAAGGCGACGAGGAGGCGAGAAAGGUCUGGUGUCGAUAUUGGAUCUGA